GCAAAGAAAAUUAUCUCAAAACGAAGUACAAUUAAUAUUACAAGAAAAUUGUUCUUUGAAAACUGAAAAAGGUUAUUUACAAAAAGAAAAUGAUGAAUUAAGAAAUCAAAACGAAAAACUAGAAAAUCAAGUUGAAAAAUUGGAAA